CUGCGCGAUUGAUUGACAGGGAGGCUGGGUACAGCGGAAGACCCAGGGACGAAUCUUGCACGGCAUAUUACAAAAGCGAAAGAAAACAGUACGCCAGGAUUUGAUAGGGACCUAUAAUCGAAGGAGAAAAGAAGACACCGAUAACCACAAAGGGCCGCCACCAUGGAAACGUUAGUGCAGCAGCUGGAGCAGGCCGUGAUUCGCCUAGAGCAGGUGUCUGUCAACAUGCAGGUGUCCAAUGGCAUGGCCAACGGGGACAGUAACGGGAUCAACGGAGGUCUGUCCCAGUGUAUGGACGCCUUUGACCUGCUGCUGAUGGGGCCAGUGUCAGAGUACCUGAAGAAUAGCCGUGCCAUAGGAGACGAUGUGGAGAACCAUGCGGAGAUGGUGAACAAAGCACUACAGCUUCAGAGAAACUUCCUCAAAAUGGCCACCACACACCAGGAGCCUGCUCAGAUGGAGCUGUCUGACCUGCUGAAGCCUAUCUCAGAGAAAAUCCAGGAGAUUCAGAACUUCCGGGAAUGUAACCGUGGCAGCAGCCAAUUCAACCACCUAUCAGCUGUCAGCGAGAGCAUCCCAGCGCUGGGCUGGGUCGCCGUGAGCCAGAAGCCAGUUCCCUAUGUGAAGGAGAUGAAUGAUGCUGCCAUUUUCUACACUAACAGAGUUCUGAAAGAGUAUAAAGAAUUAGACAAGCGUCAUGUGGAGUGGGUGGGGUCCUACCUAUCCAUCUGGACUGAGCUUCAGGCCUUCAUCAAACAGCAUCAUACAACAGGCCUAGUCUGGAGCAAGACUGGUCCCAUUGCCCCUCCCUCUCUGUUCGCCCCUGCCCCUGGCGGUCCCUGUCCCCCUCCACCACCCCCAACCCCUGGACCCCCACCAGUAUUCACAGGUGAACUGCCCCAGGCCGACAGCACCAUGGCCCAGCACUUGGCUCUCUUCGCCCAGCUGAACCAAGGAGAAGCCAUCACUAAAGCGUUAAAGCACGUCUCAAAGGACCAGAUGACCCAUAAGAACCCUGCCCUUCGCUCCCAGGGAGGGGAGAAUCACGCCUCCCCAUCCAAGAGCCGGAACCCCGGAGGCUCCUCCAACAUAGCGCCGCCCCAGAAACGACCCCCACUGCUGGAGCUGGAGGGGAAGAAAUGGAGGGUGGAGUACUUUGACCAGGCUCAUGACCUGGUUAUCGAGGAGCCAGAGCUGAGACAGGUGGCCUAUGUCUUCUGCUGCAGCAACUCUACUCUACAGAUAAAGGGAAAGAUCAACUCCAUCAUUGUGGAUAACUGCAAGAAGCUUGGUCUGGUGUUUGACAGUGUUGUUGGCAUUGUGGAAAUCAUCAACUCAAAGGACAUUCAGUUGCAGGUGAUGGGUAGAGUUCCCACCAUCUCCAUCAACAAGACAGAGGGCUGCCAAGUCUACCUGAAUAAGGACGCUCUGGACUGUGAGAUCGUCAGCGCCAAGAGCUCCGAGAUGAACAUCCUGGUACCGCAGGACGACGACUAUAGGGAGUUCCCAGUUCCUGAGCAGUUCAAGACCGUUUGGGACGGGUCCAAACUGGUGACAGAACCCACAGAGAUUGCUGGCUGAUCGCUGAUACUUCAUCCUCAUUAUCAUUAUCACCCCCAUUUAUUCCUCUUCAUCUCCUCUAUUUUCCCUCUCCGGCAAAGAUUUCACAAACCCUUAUAGGCUGGCUUUCACAAGUUAUAAAAGGGAUCCUGUACCACACAAACCAGACAGUGUGACUGACUGGCUAGUAGAGCUGUAGAUCAGUUGAUUGUACACCUGAUUGUAUGCAUUAAGAUUACAUGCACUUUGAAAUGGUAGAUUGUCAUUUAACUGUUUGUUCAGUUAUUUGUCGCAGAGCACUCCUUCACAAAACGAAUGUACUAUCCACAGAAUUAUGGUAAGCCUACUAUUUAAACAAGCAGUAUUUUUGUCAGGUUUCUUCGUGUAGAACUUCUGUGUUUGGCAAAUAAAGUUGCAUUAAAAUUAGGAAUAAUGAGGAAGUGUUGCCUUUAUGUUAAUCUGUUAAAUCUGUUUAUGCAAAAUAAGGUAACGUCUCUCAAACUCAAACAAGUAUCUGGUAUCUUAACUUACUUGUGUGUGCCAUAACGAAAAAAGCAUUUAUGCAAGUAGGCUAUGUGUACAGAUGGGUACAAUAUAAUUACUUCUUUAAAAGUUAACUGAAAAAACUACCCUGAUAAGGCAAACCUUGUAUUAGGAUAUAUUAUGGAUUUGUCUUUUGAUUGGAGAGAACUUUCAGAUUUCGUCCUACUUGGCAUUGUAAUGUUGUUUUAUGCUUUGUUGUGGUGACUUUAUUUGAGAGGCAGAAAGUAUUGAAGAAUGAGGUCGAGUUGACUUUUGAUUUGUAUGAUAUGUAGGAUGAAGAGAAUGUUCCACAGAUGAAAUUGAACGGCCAGUUUGAAACUAUAUGGUCAGUUGAGAGGGAGUUGUAGAGUAUGUUCCACAAGAUGUUGAAGCCUUAGCAUGCAAUGUUUUGGUUUGCUUUAAUACUCUACUAUACUAAACUAUUCACAUCUAGCUGUUCAGUUAACAGUUGUGUCAUGUUUAUAUUGCAUGGUAGUGUUCUCCCAGCUAGCACAUCUGGUUCCUUGGAAGUUGUGGGAACGUACAUUUUGGUUUCACAUUAUUUCUGGGAACGAAGCCAUACGUUUCCUGACCGGUAAAAAUGAAAGUUUUUUAAAACUUUCUAUGAACGGAAGUAAAAAUUUUGCCUGUUCUGGGAACUUACAUUUUUAGGUUGCAGGGAGGUUCUGAUAACAUUUUACUAUGGUUCCCUGAAAG